CGGAGGGGGUAGGUUGAUUUCUGGAACAGCUAUUCCAAGAUGGCGGAGAAUGUAAAAGUUGCAGUGCGGGUUCGGCCUUUUAAUGACCGAGAGAAGGCCCGCAAUGCCACCCUCAUCAUCAACAUGGUGGGAAACACCACCCUGAUAAAGGACCCGGCUAACCUGGCGGAGGAGGGACGCAAGUUCACGUUUGACUUCUCCUACUGGUCACAUGAUGGGUACAGGGAACGGGAGGAUGGAUAUCUGGAGAGGGCUGGGGUGGGGUCUAACUAUGCAGACCAGGCGUUGGUUUUUGAGGAUCUUGGCAGAGGGGUGCUGUCCAAUGCCUGGAAGGGCUACAACUGUUCCCUGUUUGCCUACGGACAGACUGGGUCUGGGAAGUCCUACUCUAUGGUGGGGUAUGGCAACAACAAAGGUAUUGUACCUAUCACCUGUGAGCAGCUUUUUGUUGGUAUCGAUGAGAAAAAACAGAACCCUGAUGCAAAGGACCAGGAAUUUCAGGUGUCUGUCAGUAUGUUGGAGAUUUAUAAUGAGCAGGUCAGAGACCUUCUCAACCCCAAAACUGCCCACAUCAAGGGGGGACUCAAGGUCAGACAGCACCCCAGCAAGGGCUUCUACGUUGACCAGCUUGUGACAGCUCCAGUCAGCAGCUAUGAUGACAUAGACAGAAAAAUCAACGAGGGGACACGGAACAGGACAGUGGCUGCAACCAACAUGAACGCCACCAGCAGUCGAGCCCAUACUAUUGUGGCCAUCAACUUCAGCCAGAAGGCCCCAAAUGAAGCUGGACAGAGCAUGACAAAAUCUUCAGUCAUCAACCUGGUAGAUCUGGCUGGAAGUGAGAGAGCUGAAAGCACAGGUGCCACAGGAGACAGGCUCAAGGAAGGUUCUGCCAUCAACCAGUCACUGUCAACGCUUGGGAAUGUUAUUAAAGCUUUGGCUGAUCAGUCCAGUGGCAAAGGAAAAGUGAUGGUGCCUUUCAGAGAUUCUGUACUGACUAAGCUGUUGAAGAACGCACUAGGAGGCAACAGUAAGACUAUUAUGAUUGCAGCCUUGAGUCCUGCUGAUAUCAACUAUGAUGAGACCCUGUCCACACUGAGAUUUGCUGACCGAGCCAAGGCGAUUAAGACAAAGGCAGUCGUUAACGAGAGUCCGACGGACAAGCUGAUCCGUGAACUGAAGGAGGAAAACCAGAAGCUGAUGGACAUGCUGAAGGCAGCGCAGGCCGGCGGAGUCAUGCCACAACCGAUGGUCGCAGAGGAGGAGGGGGAGGACAGCAAGGGCAAGUUCACCGAGGAAGAGGUAGAGGAGAUGAAGAAGUCGAUGGAGGAGCAGCUGAGGAGGAACCAGGAGGAGAUGGAGGCCAUGAAGAUGUCCUGGGAACAACGACUGCAGGAGGAGGCAGCUCAGAACCAGGAGAAACUUCAGGCAGAGAGGAGAAAGCAGGAGGAGAUGAAAGUCAUCCCUCACUUCUGGAACCUGAACGAGGACCCCUCUCUGACUGGGAUGGUAGUGCACUUCGUCAGGGAAGGAAACACAAGAGUUGGGAACAAGAAGGCAGACCCUCCAGCUGAUGUUGUUCUGAUCGGCCUUAGUAUCCAGGCAGACCAUGCGUUAGUGAGGAAUGACAACAAUGUGGUGUACCUGAAGCCGGCAUCAGCUGACGCUAAAGUCCUGGUGAACGGGAAACCGCUAACAGCUGAGGACGGGGACGAGGAACUGCAUCAUAACGACAGAGUGAUGUUUGGAUCGAACCAUCUGUACGUGUUCCACCAUCCCCAGGACCUGGCUAAACAGGAGAAGGCAGGGAAGAAGGUGGAGAAAGUCACGUACGAGUCAGCACAGGAGGAGAUUGCACAGAACACUGGCUUCGACAUGGACAAGGAGGGAAAAUCUAAAAAUGAGAUGCUGCUCCAGGAGGACUUGAUCGCUAUGAUGCCGAUGGUGAACGAAGCCAACGCCAUGUCUGAGGAGCUGGACAAGAAAUGUCGCUUUGAGAUCGCGCUGGUCUCGCCACAGGCUCGCGGACUUAAAGAGGGAAGAACUGAGGUGAGUGUAAAGAUGAAGAACCUGGAAAACGGGAAUGACUUCAUGUGGGACCGGAACAAGUUCAUCAACAGGAAGUACCUGAUGCAGGAGAUGUACCAGAAUUAUGUGGAGGGAGACACUAACUGGGAUGUGGAGAAGGACAAGGACCCGUUCUGGGAGCCGUCUGACACAGAGGUCCUGGUGGGGAGUGUUCAUGUCUACCUGCAGAGCCUGGCUUACCUGGUUGAACUCGAGGAGAACUUGGCGAUCACAGACUACCGCGGGGCAGAGAACGGUCACCUGACGGUGGAGAUCGAACCGUGCGCGCCGGACGGGUCUCCGCUCGAGGACGACUUCGUGGAGGACCCACAGGAACUGAUUGGGACCCCAAUGCACUUCAAACUCAAAGUACCCCACGCCAGAGGGCUGCCAAAUAAAUAUGUACAGAGCUGUGUGAAGUACAAGUUUUACCUGGAUGAGAAGAGCAGCAGUACAAACUGGAUCGCAGGAGUCAACCCCAACUUCCAACACAACAAACAGUUCUCCUACAGCCCUGUCACUAAACAGUUUGUUGAGUACCUGAACACCCAGCCCCUGAUCCUGGAGGUCUGGGGCAAACAGACUUCAGCGACUGACAAGCAGCGAGCGAACAUGUCCACUAAACAGAUGGUUGCCAUGGAGAAGGGAGGGCUGAACCUCAACGAGCAAAACCGCAUGGCGCAGAAACGUGUAACUACACAGGAAGAUGAGGAGAAGCAGAAACUGACCCAGGAAGUCAGCCUCAUGAAGAAGAUGAAUGAAAAAAUGGACAAGAAACUGAUGAUGAUACAGAAACUUGUGGAUGAAGCAAAAGCUGCCGGAUCUAGUACUCUUCAGGUGGAAGAUGUGGACGCCAUCUUGGUCGGAAACUUCUCCCGGAAGUUCAAGGGCACCUCGGGCGUCGUCAAGGAGAUUAAAAAGUACGAGAAGAAGAAACUUCCUGCCAUUCAACCUUCCUCCACACCCGCUCCCACCCCCAGUACCAAUGGACCAGCUGCUUCAAAUGGGCCUGGAAGGGCAAGUGGCCCACCUAGCAACCAAGCUGCUCAAAGUGCCACGCCUAGCAACCAGGCUGCUAAGGGUGCCACGCCUAGUAACCAGGCUGGAGAUGUGAACAAGAGUUCUGCGUGUACUGUGCAGUAA